AUGACCGCAACCUGGCACACCCGCCCACCCUCGCAAUGGACCUUCUUCGAACGCUCCCUCAUCACCCUCGGCGUCGCCUCCCCCGACGAUCCCACCAAACCGCGACCGAAACCGCCCGUGUACCCGCACAGUGCGCCGGUCCCCGUCUACCCGAUCUACAAGAUGCACGCCCGAAUCAUUCCCUGGGCAUUCGCCCCCUUGCUCGUGCAUCACUUUUUCACCUACUACACCGGCAUCGUCGUUCCCGUUUCCGUGGCGACGGUGGCGUAUCUGGCGUACUUUGUCGUGUACGGCGUCUCGGUGUUCAGUUGGAACAAUCGCAUGACGGAGAAGUUCGGCACGUUCGACGGAGAGAAGGAGAGGGAUGGAGUUCCGGAUGUCGACACUACCAGUGUGGCGAUCGGGUUGUUCAUGGUGGUGAUUUCUCGAUCCGUCAUUGCAGUUCCCUAUCUCUACAACCCCGAAGAACCUUUGUUGGACUGGAAGACCAUCGCGAUGCUCCCCAUCAACACAUUCAUGUUCGCCGUAGCGGUCGACUUUUGGUUCUACUGGUACCACCGUCUCAUGCACGAAGUCCCCUUCCUCUGGCGUUUCCACCAGAAACAUCAUACCACCAAACAUCCCAUCGCCGCCCUCGGCGCUUUCGCAGACCACGAGCAGGAGUUUUUUGAUAUGGUGGGCAUUCCCAUCCUCGCCUGGCUCACCUGGCGCAUCAAUUUCGCCACUUGGUGGAUCAGCACCUGCUACAUCCUUUUCAUCGAAGCUAGCGGUCACUCCGGGUUGAGGGGUUACUUCCAGAACCCGACGACGUGGUAUCUCAGGUGGAUCGGCGCAGAGCUGUGUUUGGAGGAUCACGAUCUGCAUCAUAGACGCGGUUGGAAGAAGAGCGGUAACUAUGGCAAGCAGACCAGGUUGUGGGAUAUGAUCUUUGGGACCAUGAAGGAGAGGGUGGAGGGCACCAAGGACAAUAUUAAUUGGGAUGAUCCGAUGGAUGAACCUAGUCCUGUACCUACGCAGUAA